CUCGGUUGGGACAGGCAGUCCAGGGCUCGUUCCAGCUGGGGCAGAGGGUGUAGCUGGUGCACAGCUCUGGAGGGGCAAAGCAAGAAGGCCAAGGAGGGGCCGGGGAUUUAACUCAGUGGUGCCGCCGCCUGCCUCGCUAGCCGAAGGUCCUGAGUUCGAUCCCGGGACCACUGGAGUGCGCCAAGGAACGAGAGACACCGAGGGAUGCGGGGUGCGAGAGGACACAGCGGGCCGUGGGAGGGAACACCGUGGGGCGUCGGGGGACCCUGCGGAGCAGCCCCGGUGGCAGCUGAGUCCUCGACCUGGGCUUCCGAGGUCCCGCCUCCUCGCACGGGUGAGGCUGCGCAUUGGCGCGGCGACGACCAAUCUUGGCUCCUUUUGUUGUUCGGUGGCUGUGGUAAACCCCGAGCGCGGCGAGGUCUCAGUGGAGUGGCGGAACCCGGGUGUCUUGAAGCUUCGGGAGGUUCAGGUGCAGGGACGUGAGAGCCCCUGGCACAGGUUACAGCAUGGGCUUCCUGACCACAGUGACUCAAGGCCUAGUACGAGGAGCGGACAGGAUGAGCAAGUGGACAAGCAAGCGAGGGCCCCGCACCUUUUACAAGGGCCGGGGCGCCAAACGCACGGGUGUCCACGCCCUUGGCUGGAAAUUUGUGCAAAUAAAAGAACAGGUCCCAGAAUUUAUCGUCCCGAACUUGAUCGGCUUCAAGCUCAAGCCCUACGUGAAUUACCGCCUUCCAGCCGGCACAGACACGCCGCUGACAGCCAGAGCGCUCUUCAUGGAAACAGCUGCACCUGCUAUCGAAAAGGACUUAAAGGAAGGCACUUUUGAUCCUGACAACCUGGAAAAGUAUGGCUUCGAGCCUACUCAGGAAGGCAAGCUCUUCCAGCUGUAUCCCAAGAACUUUCCUCGCUAGAAUGCAGUGAUGACUAUAGGUUUGCCUGUGAACUAGACUGAACUGACACACCCUCAGAUUGUGAGUCCCUGAGAAGGGAGAGCAUUCCCUCCUCGAAUUUCUAUUAAAGGCUUUUGCUGCUGUCUA